UAUAUCCAUCCCAGUUUAUAAAUUUUUAGCUGUAGUUAAGAAUUCCAUUCGAUGUUAAUGUAUAUUUAAUAAACUUCCUAAAUCCUACAUAAGAAAAUAAGAAUAAAGACCACACGAAUAGUGCACACCACGAAAGUUCAUUUUAAACCCGCUAUUUCUAUUCGAAUAAAAAUCGCAUAAGCAUCCGUUAAAGACAUCUUAGAUCUACAGGAACGCGUUUGCUGCAAGAUGAUGACGACCACCGGUACUUCCGGUCAACUCGACGAUAAAUCAGCGAUGGACAACACCAUAAAAUCUGAAGAAAAUUCUAAAACACUCUCAACUGUGUCAUCUAAGAAGGAGAACGAAGAACAACAUAAAAAUGUUCAAAAAACAAAUUAUAUGGGAUCUUUGAUGCAUCUCUGCGAGGUCACCAUCGAUUCCUAUACCUGUGAUAAAUGUGGCAUUAAAUUUCCUGUGGAGACUAUGCUGAACAAACAUAAAAUAUUUCACAAUUUCCACUCCUGGCUUCGCAAAGAGCGUAUGAGUAACAGAAAUCGGUUUAAAAUUUCAAAUAAACAAAAUAGACAAGUGAAAUCACAGAAACUAUCAGAAGACCGGAAGUACAUCUGCAUGUGUUGUGGUUUCCAUUGCAACAGGAAAGCUAGUUUAACUGUGCACAUAAAAAAGGAACACAAAGAAAUUUCUUGUAUAAUUUGUGAUCUUAAGUGCAACGACUAUUCCAUUCUAGACAAACACAUGGAGAAUCACAGAAACAGGAGGUGGAUGGUCUUCAAGUGCAACGCCUGCAGUUUUGUUAGUAAGAUGAGCAGUAGUUUGGUUUCUCAUCUGGCCCAGACUCACCGUAAGACUGAUACCAAGGUUACUUUGCAGAAGAAGAACAAGAAGAGCGAUAUCAAAUCUAAAGAGAAGAAGGAAUCAGAAGAAGUAUACUUGACAGAAGAAAUCAAGGAUGCUCCCAGUGUCUCGUCCUCUUCAGAUUCAGACAGCAAGGAUGAAUCAUUAUCAGAAGUUAACAAGAGCCCUGAGAAAGAUUCUGGAAGGCAGCAAUGCGAUUUGUGCGACUUCGCAUGUUCAAAAAAGAGCACCUUAUACUCCCACAAGCGUCGCCACAAGGUGGACAUUGCUGAGGUGUAUCUCUGCAACGAGUGUUCCUUUAAGACCAACAAGAAAUCAUCUCUGUAUUCACAUAUAAAAAGGAAGCACAGACCAGCAAAGUCUCUCACAGCUGAUGGUCAGCCACAGCUGUUCUAUUGUACUCAGUGUGAAUAUAAGAACAAAAAUAAAUAUGAACUGAAGGUGCACUUUGCCAGAAAGCACACGAAGGACUUCAAGUUCUCUUGCGAGAUCUGUGGGAAGAAAUUUAAGGUGAAAGGUGAUCUAACUAAUCAUAUACGCUUCAGUCAUAAAGAACAGCCUGUCAUGUGUGAUGUUUGUGGUAAAACAUGUCCCAAUAGUAAUUCUCUGUAUGUUCAUCAGAAAUUCGCUCACUAUAAAGCACAGUACGAAUGUCACCUGUGCAAAAGAAGGAUGGUUACUCAGGAGAAUUUGAACGAGCACUUGAUCAAGCAACACGAGAAUAGGAAAGCUGUAAUGUGUGAGGAGUGUGGGAAAACCUUCACCAGAAACAGCAGAUUGAAAGUGCACAUGAGAGUCCACACGGGAGACAAACCAUAUACCUGUACCAUUUGCAGUAAAUCAUUCGCUCGUAGAACAGCUAUGAAGCAGCAUUUGCUGAUACACACUGGCGUCAGGCCUUACGUUUGCGACAUUUGUGGGAAGGCGUUUACACAAAAGCCUGGAUUGAUCAGCCACAGGAAGUCCCAUCCUGGAUCACAUCCUCCGCUUCCAAGAAUCUUUAUUGAUCACAUAUUGCACGAUGUUAUGAACAAAUGAAAUACCUGACAUUUGGGAAGGGAUAUUGUACAGUGAACUAUGAUGUGUGAUUAACCCUUUCGCUUUGGGGUGUUGCGACGAAAUCUGCUCAUUGUUGAUGCAAUCCUGAUCACUCGACACUGAUGUAUGGAGUUCAUUUUUUCUGCUUUAUGAACUUUGUGAUGAAGUUUAUUAUAGUAAUUAGAAUUACUUUUUGAGAACAGCGUAAUUUAUUUUAGUAUGUUCUUAGGAAUAUAGUAUUUUUUAUAGAGAUGUGGUUUAUGUAUGGAACUUAAUCUAUUUGAAAGUAUGUAUAUACGAUUUUUGUACCUAAGCUUUUAUUAUUCAAGGACGUAUAUAUACGUCGGAGCGUCCAUAUACGUACACUAUUUCAAGACGUAUUUGUACUCUCGUGUGUCUACUUUUCGAGGACGUACAUAUACGUUCCCAUUCCCAGUAAUCAAAGACGUAUAUAUACGCCGAGGCGUCCAUUUUUUUUUAUAGAGCGUAUAUAUAUAUUUAUGCUCAGACGUCCACUAUUUCAAGGCGAAUGCUCGCUUUUCGAUGACGUAUAUAUACGUCCUCACCUCUAUCAACCGCGGGCAUUUAUACAUAUACGCACAAACUUUCACUUUUCAAAUGCGUAUAUAUACACUCUUGGAAGCGAAAGGGUUAACGCGUUCUGAUUCUUUUCAAAGAUCCUAUUUCUUUUUCAUUUUUAAGGCAUCGACUGUCGCAACGAGAACAAAUUCUAUAUUAAUAGAAAAAUAUUAUUAAGUUUAGAAUACCCUUCUCUAAUUUUCUGAUAAUUUAAUUAUCUGUUGUGAAAUGAACGUAUUAAAUAGGAAUGGGUUUGAAACUAAUUUUUAAAUUCUCGAAACUCUUGAAAUUUGAAGUGUUGUUUUUAAUAGAAAGUAUACAUAUAGGUAUGUCUUGUUUUACAAAUUAAAGACAACGUUUUUGCACAAAUCUUAAUUGUUUUUUAUUAAUUUAUUUUAUACUUCAAAUCGUGAAAAAAUUAAAAGCUUUCGAAUUCUUGAAACUUGAAAUUUUUUUGGGUUUCAAGGUUUCAAUGUUUCGAGGAACCCAUUUCUAGUAUUAAGGGAUUGUGUAAUAUCAAAUUACUUAUAAGCGAUAGUUUAUCAGCUGUACUAUUUUUCCAGCUAAAUAGUAUCAUUGUAACAUGUAACAAUACCCACGAAGAUUGAAUGUUUCUAUGAAGAGGAAUUAUCAGUAAGCACUGUAGAAUACUUGAAAUAAUCAUUUAAGACUUUACUUUGUAAAUUCAACUUACAAAAAAAUGUGUCUUAUCCCUACUAUCUAUGUUCACCUCAGAGAACUGACUGGAAAUCAUUAUUAAUCUAUUCUGUUUGUAAGACUCUGUAAAACAUACAUGGAAAAAUCAUUUCUUACGUGUAAUAUAUUUCAUAUUAAGUUGAAAAA